UGGUUGUAGCAGUAACAUAUUUGUUGCAGAUAUCAAGUACUCUGAGUCCGACCUCGGACAACGUUUGCCCUGAGAAGUUGCCAUCAAUAAAUGAUGAAUUUCGAAACAUUUCAAAGGAUGCGUUUGGAGUAAAAUGCUGUCCAAACUUCUUGGAAAUAAACGGCAUGUGUAAACCAUGUCCAGCGGGAACUUACGGAAAGUCCUGUAUAAACCAGUGCUUACCGGGUUCUUAUGGAAUGCUAUGCAAAGCUAAAUGCAAUUGUAGUUCAGUCCAAGAAUGUCACAAUAUAUUCGGAUGUGUUUGUAAAACAGGUCAUAGAGGAGACAAUUGUGAUCAAGAUAUAUCCUAUGAAGACAGUACUGCCACAUUAAUAAUUUCUACUAGCAUUCCGAGUAAAUGUAUCAUUAUUGGAGAGACAACAAUAAAAUACAAUGGAUCAUCAAAUAUGGAUUGGCUUUUGUAUACACUUUGUAUAGCUGCCGUUAUAGUGUUGACUGCGUUUACUCAUUUAUUGCGUUCUUACCAACAGCGAAAAUCAACUAAAAGAUCUAAAAGCGAAAAAGUAGUUUGGGAAUCGACUACAACUUCUCCGUAUACUGGCACUUACGACGAAAUUGACGAAAAUGUAUUAACAGAUAUCACGCCAGGUUUAUGCGUGACAGCACAGCAAUCUAGGAUGGAAGCUGUAUAUUUUGUUCCACAAGAAAGUACUUAUAGCACAACAAUCACUGGACAAGUUAAAACCGAUUAUCUUGAUCCUGUUUUCGAAGCUGAAAUAGAAGAGGGAGAAAAAUCGGAGGAUCAAAUUUUAACUUGCUCCUCAUCUAUAGGUAGCGAAAGUGUAAGUUCUUCUACAUCUAAGGAAAAUACGCAUGAACAUUCACAUGGAAAUAGAGUACCAGUGACGAUUCAUCAGUUUAUCAAAAGUUCAUCGGGUGAUGGUGAAGAUACUAGCGAAAAUUUAUGUUCUCAUACGUAUCAAUCCCUACAAAAAGACAGUCAGAUUUCAAGUAACAAGUAUGAACAAUUUCAGAAACCAGAAAGUAUGAUCGCACAUGAUACAAAAUUACAGGCAGUUACUCAAUUUAUGUAUGGAACCAGUGAUUUACCGAAUGUAAUAAACAAGUAUGCCGAACCUGACACACCAAUAAACGGUUGUGAUGAAAAGCCGCCAAAUCACAACAAGCUGAAGAAAGGCGAAGAGAACCCUUGUGUUGAUUUUAGUGUCCAGCAAACUAACAAUUAA